AUGCCAAUGGAUGUGCCGCCAAAUAUUCACCACGUCGGUGAAGUGACCUCCACGAUGGAUGCCGCGCGUCAGAUGUUGACUGCUGCGAAUGGUGCUCCCUUUGCCGUUCUUGCAGAGUCGCAGGUGAGGGGGCGUGGCACGGGUGAACGUGUGUGGAUUUCACCAAAGGGCAACAUGUACUUCACGCUUUGCAUCCCCGAAAAAAGUGUCACGCCGGAGAUUACUCCUGUCUUACCGCUCCUCACGGGGCUUGUCUGCCGUGCCGCCAUCAUGAGUGUCAUCAAAGGGGCCGAUGUACAUGUGAAGUGGCCAAAUGAUAUUAUAUACGCCGGGAAAAAGAUUGGCGGAAGUCUCGUGGAGAGUGAGGGAGAGAGCCUGAUUAUUGGGAUUGGUAUGAAUGUCGAGCUGGCGCCGCCGGUGACGGAUAGCGGUCGGGCGUCCACCACCGUCAAUGAGGUUGCGGCAACUUUGGGGCAGCCAAAAGUCACACCAGCGCAGCUGGCGGAGCUUGUCUGGAAGCAUUUCUUCCAGAUGAUUUCAGACACGGCGUUGACACGCAAGAUCCUUGUGACGAGGUUUGACGCAGCGAUGGACAAAAGUCUUUCACUUCAUCGCCGCACGCCAACGGGACGUGAUCCGGAGGAACUACGCGCCCUGCGGCUGAAUGAGUGGGGACAUCUCAUCGUCUCGAGGCCGGACGGCACGGAGGACACUCUCAUGGCGGAAUACCUUUUUUAG